UGUGUAUAUAAAUAUACAACAUUACUAUAUACCAAACAUCCAUCUUACAUAUACUACUCGUCAUCAAGAAUUCAUGUUUUCUCUCUGACAAAGAACUGAGAGUAAGUAAGAAAUGGUACAGACGAAGAAGUUCAAAGGUGUCAGGCAACGCCAUUGGGGUUCUUGGGUCGCUGAGAUUCGUCAUCCUCUCUUGAAACGGAGAAUUUGGCUUGGAACGUUUGAGACGGCAGAGGAGGCAGCAAGAGCCUACGACGAGGCUGCCGUUUUAAUGAGCGGCCGUAACGCCAAGACCAACUUCCCCGUCAACAACACAGGAGACACAUCGGAGGGCAAAACCGAUAUUUCAUCUUCUUCAUCGUCAUCUUCAUCACUCUCUUCUAUCCUCAGCGCUAAACUGAGGAAAUGCUGCAAGUCUCCUUCGCCUUCCCUCACCUGCCUGCGUCUUGACACAGCCAGCUCCCACAUCGGAGUCUGGCAGAAACGCGCCGGUUCCAAGUCUGAUUCCAGUUGGGUCAUGACGGUCGAGCUCGGUCCCGCUAGCUCCUCCCAGGAGCCUACGAAAAAUGCUUCACAAGACGAUGUUGGUCCAUCCACUCAGGUUGGCGGCGGUGGAGGAGGAGGAGAAGAAGGAGUAAUGGACGAGGAAGAGAAAGUUGCUUUGCAGAUGAUAGAGGAGCUUCUCAAUACAAACUAAAUAUUAUUUGCUUAUAUAUAGCUAUUUUUAUUGCUGAUUUACAGCCAUAAUUAUUAAUUAUACCUCAUAUAUGCUAUAUAUCGUGUUUAUAUUUAUAUAUGUGAUAGUUAUAUUUUGUUUUAUAUUUCAUUUUGUGUCCAAUAAAGUGUUAGUAUUUGUAACUACAAUCCAGAAGUGACCUU